UUGAGUGGGGAGAAAAAGGCACAGCGCUUAUGUGCUAUGUGUGUUAUGUAGUUCAUGUCCGCAAGCGUCUCGUAGCAGUUGUAGCUAUGGCGUGUUUAAGUCCGAGUAGGCUCUGUGCUCGUGUUCAAGAUAAGUUAAUGUGUCAAUUUGGACAUAAAGUUCGAAGGCAAACUGUAUUUGUGAAACUCAAACCUCCAGGACCAACUCCAUUGCGGAUAUUUGGACGAACAUGUCAGCGUGUGACUACAUGCGGUCCGGCAUGCGGGUCGGCGGGCAUGGGCCCGGCAGCGGCGGGCGCGGUGCGGCGUCUAGCCUCCAGUCUGCAGAGCACCAGCACAGGCUCGCUGCCCGACUACGGCACACAGAUCGUCGACCCCUACCGCCUUCUAGAAGACGACCUCAACGGCAUCUAUGAAGACAUACGAUCGGAGCUGGAACGCAACACAAACCAAGCGGAACUGAACACCAUAGCUACAUACUACUUCGACGGACAGGGCAAGGCGCUCAGGCCGAUGGUCGCUAUACUAAUGGCGCGAGCUGUCAAUUACCACGUCUACGGCGAAAACAGUGCACUGCUGCCGUCACAGCGGCAAGUUGCGAUGAUCAGCGAGAUGAUCCACUCUGCAUCACUCAUACACGAUGACGUCAUCGACCAGAGCGACUUCCGGCGCGGGAAACCCUCAGUCAACGUGCUCUGGAACCAUAAGAAGGUGGCGAUGGCCGGCGACUUCAUCCUCGCCGUGGCGUCGAUGAUGAUAGCUCGCUUGCGCAGUGAUGAGGUCACGCUCGUACUCAGCCAGGUGGUGACGGACCUGGUGCAGGGCGAGUUCAUGCAGCUCGGCAGCAAAGAGACUGAGAACGAGCGAUUCGCGCACUACCUCACAAAGACAUACCGCAAGACCGCCUCGCUCAUCGCCAACUCUGUCAAAGCGGUGGCGCUGCUCAGCGGAGCAGACGAGGCGACUAGCGAGCUGGCGUUCCAGUACGGGCGCAACCUCGGACUGUCGUUCCAGCUGGUGGACGACUUGCUAGACUUCGUGUCCUCGGCGCAGGCCAUGGGCAAGCCCACCGCCGCCGACUUGCGCCUCGGCCUCGCCACUGCUCCUGUACUAUUUGCUUGCGAGAAAUAUCCAGAACUGAACCCGAUGAUAAUGAGGCGAUUCCAAGAGGCCGGGGACGUGGAGAAGGCGUUCGAGCUGGUGCACAAGUCGCGCGGACUGGAGCAGACGCGGUUCCUGGCGCGCAAGCACGGCCUGGAGGCGGCGCGGCUGGCCGCUGACCUCACAGACUCGCCAUACCAGAAGGCCCUCGUCGUCACCACCGACCUCGUGCUCAACAGGAUCAAGUAGACUCACUAACUAAACCUAUAGAAAGGCAUCCAAAGUUCUAGCGACGCAACAUCGAGAGUCUGAAAGCCCAGCUGUUGCUCAUAUUGCAGAAUGUUUCCGAACAUUACAUACAAAAUGGGUCGGCACUCCCGAAUUUUCCAAAUACUCUUUGGUUUAUAUAAUUGAAUCUCUCUUAUAUGCACUCCUAAGAGUAUUUCGAAAUGAACGCUUGACCUUUAUGUUAGAUAAAGGUAUAUGAAAUUAAGAAUUUUGGAUACCUUUUUUGUUGUAGUUGAAGUAUAGGUAGGUUUGUAUUAAUGUGUGUGUGUUAGAGCUCAGUCACUAGAGAUGAGAUGAGAUGAUGGAAGACUUUGUGAUCGUGCGACUUGUGUGUGUGAGUUACGUUGUACAUGACGAUAUGUUAUCGUACAUAUUUUACAAGUUAAAGGUGCCCAAGAAUUAUAAUCUAUAUACACAUAUAUGUAGACUAGUA